CAGUUGAUAUAAGUAGAACAGAGAUGGGACACAUCGCAGCUUCUCUUUGGAUCGUGUCGUUCCGCGCACGACGUGUCACAUGAGUCGAGAGGGUCCCCUCGAUCGAACCCACAUGUCUGCGAACCGGGUCCACGCCGCAGACGCGGAGCCGUCCGCGGGGUGCUCCGCGCAGGCCCCCGGCGAGCCGGGUCACGGAGCGCGCCGCGCGCGGGAGGUGACCGCGCUGCGGGCCAGCUGCUGCCGCUGCCUGCCGCGCGCGGCGCGCCUCGCCUUCGCGCCCGAGUCGCUGGAGCGGCUGUACCAGGGCUACUUCCGGCGCCAGAGGCAGGACAACCUGCUGGUGCUGGCGAUGUUCGCCGCUCUGUUCAACGGCUUCGUCAUCGCCAUGUGCGCGGCGGCGUACACCGAGGACAAGCUGGCCAUGGUGGUGGUGGCGGCGGCGGGGCUGGCCGCGGACGUCGCCCUUUACGCGCUGUGCCGGUGCCAGAAGCUCCCCGAGUCGCCCGUCUCCCGCGGGGCAGUGCCGUACGUGCUGUGGCUGAUGGUCACCGUGCACGUGUUGUGUUACAUGGAGCUGAACCACGGGCGAUCCCCUCACGCCAGCGACUCGGUGGGCUGGCAGGCCUUCUUCAGCUUCUCCAGCUUCCUGACGCUGCCCCUGAACCUGGCGCCCCUGCUGCUGCUCACGGCCCUCUCCUCCGCCCUGCACACCCUGGUGUUAGGGGUGACCGUCGCCCAGAGGUUCGACGGCCACCUGCAGGGGCCCAUGCUGGUCAGACAGCUUUUGGCCAACAACAUGCUGUACCUGUGUGCAGCCAUGGUGGGUGUGAUGUCGUACUACAUGGCAGACAGGAAAUACAGAACUGCCUUUUUGGAGGCACGUCAGUCACUGGAGGUCAAACUCACUCUGGAGGAGCAGAGUACCCAGCAGGAGGAAUUAUUACUGUCCAUCCUGCCCAAACAUAUCGCUGAUGAGAUGCUGCAGGGCAUGAAGAACCAGGCCAUGCAAAAGGAAGUUCAGCAGCAACAGUUCAACACGAUGUACAUGUACCGCCAUGAAAACGUCAGUAUCCUGUUUGCCGACAUCGUGGGCUUCACCCAGCUGUCCUCGGCCUGUAGCGCCCAGGAGCUUGUGAAGCUGCUGAAUGAACUGUUUGCACGCUUUGAUAAACUGGCAGAAGAACAUCACCAACUGAGGAUUAAGAUUCUUGGCGACUGCUACUAUUGUAUCUGUGGUCUUCCUGACUUCAGAGAGGACCACGCAGCCUGCUCCAUAAUGAUGGGCCUCGCAAUGGUGGAAGCCAUCUCCUACGUGCGAGACAAGACUAAAACCGAUGUGGACAUGCGUGUGGGCGUCCACACCGGCACCGUGCUGGGAGGAGUGCUCGGUCAGAAGAGGUGGCAGUUUGAUGUUUGGUCCACAGAUGUCACUGUAGCCAAUAAGAUGGAGUCUGGAGGGAUUCCUGGGAGAGUGCAUGUGUCCCAGAGCACCAAGGACAGUCUGCAAGGAGAAUAUGAACUGGAGCCGGGGAAUGGUGGAGAGAGGUGCGAGUACCUGCUGGAGAAAGGCAUCGACACUUACUUGGUUCAAGUGGCAAAACAGGUGGCGAACGGGCUUAAUGGAACUACGACCGGCAGAUUGACCAACAGAAAUUCAAACCAGUUGAUCAACACGACAACAAGCAAUGGAAACGCAGCCUCACCCCAGUCCACGCCCACCGAGUCUCAACAGGAGAAGAAUAAGAUGGUCGAGGAGCAGGUCAUCAACAGACGACUGCAGCAGGAGCUGCUGGAGAGAGAAACUCGACAAAUAAUGAAGGACCAUCAGAUCAACCUUGUAUCGUUGUGUUUUGUGGACGGCGUGUUGGAGGAACAUUACUCUUCUGAGAAGGAGAAACGAAGUGGAGCGGCCUUCUGCUGCUGCAUGAUAGUGCUCUGCUUCAUCACGACAAUGCAGGUGUUCAUAGAUCCACUGUUGACUGUGAACUAUGUGACUUUCGUAAUAGGGGAGCUGCUGUUGCUAAUCCUUACAGUGUGCUCCCUGGCUGCCAUUUUCCCCAGGAUGUUCUCCAAGAGGUUGGUGUCUUUCUCAAUGUGGAUUGAUCGCACCCGGUGGGCGAGAAACACGUGGGCCAUGGCAGCCAUAUUUGUUCUAACCAUGGCUGUGAUCGCUGACAUGUUAAGUUGCGGCCCGCCGUCCCUUUGGGUCUUCAACGGUACCUCUGUCGCCACCUUGGAGACACUGGGCGACCAAAGCUGUGCAGAAAAUCCAAAGCACUAUAGCUUCAUGGCUGUGAUGUCACUCAUCGCAACUGCCAUGUUGGUACAGGUCAGCCAUCUGAUUAAACUGGGCCUCAUGGUGCUGGUCGUGACAGCAACAGGAGCUGUGAAUAUCUACAGCUGGCGAGACAUUUAUGACCUGUAUGACUAUAUACAGUUAGCCUCCUACAGAACAUCAAUAGUGCCAUCUAAGUACCUCAUGACCAUAAUGAUUAUUGUGAUGAUGAUUGGUUUCUACUUCUUCGCCCGCCAACUGGAGCAUCAGUCCAGAAAGCUGUUCCUGUGGAAGAUCGGUAUCCGUGACCAGAAGGAGAAAGUGUUUGAGAUGAGACGCUGGAACGAAGCACUGGUCACAAACAUGCUGCCCGAACAUGUGGCCAAACACUUCCUGGGCACUAAGAAGAGAGAUGAGGAGCUGUACAGUCAGUCUUAUGAUGAAAUAGGUGUGAUGUUUGCUUCCAUCCCCAACUUUUCUGACUUCUACACUGAGGAAAACAUCAACAAUGGAGGCCUUGAAUGCCUCCGGAUUCUCAAUGAGAUCAUCUCCGACUUUGACAGCUUACUGGACAGAGACGAGUUCCGCUUCAUCACUAAGAUCAAGACAAUAGGAAGCACCUACAUGGCUGCAUCAGGACUCACCCCAGAGAGCAACACCAAUGGAUACAGCAACCGCAAGCCAGAGGACCAAUCACUGAUUGAGCGCUGGCAGCACCUCGCUGACCUGGCAGACUUUGCCUUAGCUAUGAAAGUCACCCUCAACAACCUCAACAAACAGUCCUUCAACAACUUCAUGCUCCGAAUCGGUCUGAACAAGGGCGGAGUUCUUGCUGGUGUGAUUGGAGCUCGUAAACCUCACUAUGACAUCUGGGGCAACACAGUCAAUGUGGCCAGCAGAAUGGAGUCCACUGGAGUGAUGGGAAACAUCCAGGUGGUGGAGGACUGCUACGAUAUCUUGAAGGAGUAUGGCUUCCGCUUUGUCCGAAGAGGGCCCAUAUUUGUCAAAGGGAAAGGGGAGCUGCUGACCUUCUUCAUGAAAGGCAAAGACAAACCCAGUAGCAAUGGUGGUCCGGUGACCACUGCCCUUCCACACCAAGCUGGGGGCGUAUCUUGACUAUUUUCACCCCAGGAAAUUCCAUUAACAGGCUUAAGGAUAAGCCUGGGCAGAAAGACUAUUUCACUCCGCAUCUCUCAUACACACAGAUCAUUGACCUAUUAUCUUUUUCAUACAUACAGUAGCAAUGUAAAGCUUAUGGAAGUAGACCAACACAACAAAACAGUACUAUUAUGAGGAUUAUAAUUGUGAAAUACCAUUUCAAGAUUUUGUAGUUGCACAUAAUUCAGGAAUACAGUUGAAAAUCUCACACACCUUUUGCAUGAAAGAUUGUAUCACUUUGCACUUCAUUGAUAGGGUGCUAUGUAGAAAUUACUUUACUUUGUUGUUUAACCUCAAUCCCAGGUUUUGUAAAAUAAUUUAGGUUGUACAAUGUGUUCAUACUGUGUUAAUAAAAAAUGUUUGCACUAUG